AUGAAAAUGUCAAUCUUUGAAUUGGUAAACAAAAAACAGCGAAAUAUUUUUUUCCGGCUCGUAUCCCCAAUGGCCUCCACACCGGAUCGUUUCAAUAGUUCCAACAGCCGUCUUCAAUCACCCCGUACGACGGCAUCUCCAUCCGGAACCACAGUCGGUGCCUCCCGGGUAAGAGACGCAGUGGAAAAGUUUUUCGAUCUCAUUCAAAAACGGCACAUUACCAUCCAGAAGGGUGCACAAUAUUGUAACGCCAUCGAAUCGAUCAAAAAAGGUGUGCUGGAACCCAAAACGGAAAACUGUAAUCCGUACCCACCGAAUUUGGAGCUGUACUGUAAAAAUCUCGGCCUGUUGAAUGGUAUUUUGGAAGACGUCGUGACCGAUGCGGAUACGAUUGUUCAACAACUGAAGGUUCUAGAACUGGUAAUGAAGGAUGAAGUGGUUAGUAAAAGCUGGAAUCUUCAACGUGUGCUGAAUACACUUGAACAAAUCCUUCAGUCGUUCAGAUCCGAGUUGUUUCUGCGAAAGGUAGUUGCAGAAAAUAUUGGCCACGGAUGUACUGAACAUGAAUUGUCCCUCCAUGUGACAUUUUGGGAGCAACUUUCGAACCAGAAUGAAGAAGUGCAACUGCUUCUAAAGAUGCUAGCCUCUGAAUUCAACAUAGCUGUAACGUGAUGGCUGUACUCCACAAAUUCGUUGCAUUGCUGUCUGUGAUAAUAUUUUUAAAAAUAAAUAAUUAUUUCGAAAAUA